AUGCACACCGUCUUUCGAAUUGGUGAAAUUCAACAAGUUGACAAGAAAAAUCCACUUUAUCAAGUGGACCUCAAACUUACGUCGGAUGAUGACCAACAACUUCGUCGAUUAACUGACCGUAUACGAGAAGAAGUCGGCGGCACUGGAUGGUAUCGACUGGGUCAAUUGCUGCUCAAAAUAAGUCAAUUUGACAAGGCUGAAGAAUUAUAUACAGCACUACUAGAACAGACAUCCAGCGACGGUGAUAAAGCAUUUAUCUAUAACCAGCUUGGAUGGUUGAAAAACGACCAAGGACAAUACAAAGCAGCAGCUUCAUUUUACGAAAAAUCAUUCGAAAUCUAUCGAAGAACUCUUCCGGAAGAUCAUCCUUCAUUGGCUCCUACAUAUAGCAACAUCGGUGCAGUGUAUAACAACAUGGGUGACUACUCUAAAGCACUUGAAUUUUACGAAAAAGAUCUCGAAAUCACGAAAAAAGCUCUGCCUUCGAAUCAUCCCUCAUUGGCUACUUCCUACAACAACAUCGGUCUCGUGUAUAACAAUAUGGGUGACUACUCGAAAGCACUUGAAUUUUACGAAAAAUCACAUAAAAUAAAAGAAAAAGUUCUGCCUCCGAAUCAUCCCAAUUUGGCUGGUUCCUACAACAACAUCGGUGGAGUGUAUAAGAACAUGGGUGACUACUCUAAAGCACUUGAAUUUUACGAAAAAGCACAUAAAAUUUUCGAAAAAACUCUGCCUCCGAGUCAUCCCUCAUUGGCUAUUUCCUACAACAAUAUCGGUCUAGUGUAUGAUAACAUGGGUGACUACUCGAAAGCACUUGAAUAUUACGAAAAAGCACAUAAAAUAAAAGAAAAAGCUCUGCCUCCGAAUCAUCCCGAAUUGGCUACUUCCUACAACAACAUCGGUGGAGUAUAUGACGGCAUGGGUGACUACUCGAAAGCACUUGAAUUUUACGAAAAAGCACUUAAAAUAAGAGAAAAAGCUCUGCCUUCGAAUCAUCCCUCAUUGGCUAUCUCCUACAACAACAUCGGUCAAGUGUAUAACAACAUGAAUGACUACUCGAAAGCACUUGAAUUUUACGAAAAAGGACAUCAAAUAAAUGAAAAAUCUCUGCCUCCGAAUCAUCCCAAUUUGGCUGGUUCCUACAACAACAUCGGUGCAGUGUAUAACAACAUGGGUGACUACUCGAAAGCACUUGAAUUUUACGAAAAAGCACUUAAAAUAAAAGAAAAAGCUCUGCCUCCGAAUCAUCCCUCAUUGGCUACUUCCUACAACAACAUCGGCCAAGUGUAUGAUAACAUGGGUGACUACUCGAAAGCACUUGAAUUUUACGAAAAAUCACAUAAAAUUCUCGAAAAAGCUCUGCCUCCGAAUCAUCCUCAUUUGGCUGUUUCAAAGCAUGAUAUUGGCCUUACAUAUGAAGACAUGGGAGAAUACUCGAAGGCCAGUCAGUUUUAUCAACGUGCUGUUGAUAUCGCACAAAUUUCAUUACCCUCAAAUCAUCCACACUUACAAUUGUAUAGACAACGCCUUCAGGACGUAAAAAAGAAAAUGUAA